AGAAGGCUUCAAGCGACGGCCAGAUAAGAAGCAACCUCCUCCGUCCGUCCAUUGCCUCCCCCAGCCGCGCAUCAUCCAUCCAUCCGUCCCAGUGCGCCAUGGCGCUCAUGCUCAGCCCGGCCGCGACCUUCCUCCCUGUCGCCACCGGCAAGCCCACCGCCACCGCCGGCGCCAUGCGAAACCUCCUCUUCACCACCACCAGCGGCACCGCCAGCGGCCACCGGAGCAGCAGGAAGGUGGUGGCGAUGGCGGACAUCCUGGGGGACUUCGGCGCGCGGGACCCGUUCCCGGAGGAGAUCGCGAGCAACUUCGGGGAGAAGACGCUGGGCAACGUGGACACGCUGCACCGCAUCCUCAUCCCCACGCUCUCCGUGCUCUCCCUCUCCCGCGUCCCGCUCGACGCCCACCCGGCGCCGCUCUCCGAGGAGGACGCCCGCAGGCUGCUCUUCAAGGUCGUCGGCUGGCGCCUCCUCUUCCCCGGCAAGGGCGACUCCGACGUGCUCAAGCUCGAGUGCGUCUGGAAGGUCCGCGACCAGGCCUGCGGCGACGAGCUCGUCGCCAGGAUCGGCAAGGCCCUCGACGGCGCCGGCCACGCCCCGGCCGUGCUGCACUUCGAGCCGCCCAACCAAGUCAGGGCACAGCUCUACACGCCCUCCGUAGGCGGGCUGAGCGCCAACGACUUCAUCAUCGCGGCGAGGAUCGACCAGAUCAAGACCAAAGAUCUCCUCCCAAAGAAGAGGGUCUGGGCAUGCUAAUCCAUGGCGUCUUGUUCCUAUUUCUUUGCAUUGCACACAUACACAGUUUUGUUUCAUGGAAAGUUUGUAGCUCUACUGCUAGUGUUUGAUGAUGAUGAUGGCAAUCGCCAUUUUGUCCAAUCAAAUCAAAUGAUUUCUCAA